AUGGACCCUUUAGCUGCGCUCUCUAUAGCUGGCACUAUCGUUCAGUUUGUAGAUUAUGGAACCAGGCUGCUAUCGAAUACCCACGAACUUUACAGAUCAUCUACCGGCACGCUGGAAGCCAACAACCUGCUUGAGCUAGUGACAAUUGAUCUCCAGGCACUGAUAGCCAAGCUGCGCGCUUCAAUAUCAGUCCAGGGAGCAUACCAGGAGGAACUCAGUUUCGAGAGGCUAUGCGACCAGGCUGCUCAGGUUGCGCAGGAACUUCUCGGUCGGCUUGAUAACCUGAAAAACAAAAGUACCAAAAAGAAACCAUGGGAAAGUUUCCAGAAAGCGAUCAAAAGUGCCUGGUCGGAAAGGGAAAUUACUGACCUCAAAGCGCGGCUGCUGGGAUUUCGGGAAGUCUUGGAUAGUAGACUACUCUUCUCCAUCAGGUAUACAUAUGUGGUACCCAUGGUGAAUUCAAAAAAACAUGUCUAAUAGGGUGUAUGUAGAGAAAAUAUAGCCACCGAAACGAUGCAAGCUUCUUCUCGGUUUGACAAUCUCGACCGGCAAACUCAACAGAUUCUUAUUUCUAUACUCGAAAGCAGCAGUGCUACAACAUCCGAAAUAUCUCGAGAUAUACGGGCACAGAUGAAAGGACAGACCAUUGCAUUCGCACAAAUACUCAGUCGGAUUGAGUCGCUCAAUCAGAAUAACCACCGAACAAGUCGCAGUACAAUAUUUCAUGAUGUAUCGGCUGAGCUUCCAGACAUGUUUAGGUCGAAUGACGAGGAAGGAAUACAAGGCAUUACAGCAGAUAUUGAGAUGCUUGAUGUUUCAGAUGCUGCAGAACUCAAGGUCCGAAAAGCUGUUCACAAUAGCAUUCUUGAAAGUCUUCGUUUUCCAACCAUGUCAAGUCGUUAUGAUGAUGUUCUAGAGGCACACCCUCAGACUUUUGAAUGGGCAUUAGAACAGUCGCCAAAAGAUACUCUUCACGAGUGGAGCAACCUUGCCGAUUGGCUUGAAGGAAGCGAUGGUUUUUACUGGAUUAGCGGCAAAGCUGGCUCCGGAAAGUCAACACUUAUGAAGCACAUAUACGAUGACUACCGAACUCAUGAGGGCUUAAAGGUUUGGGCAAAGGGACGUCCGAUUUGUAUAGCCACUUUCUUCUUCUGGAAUAGUGGCACCAAAGAACAAAAAUCACUUUGUGGUCUACUUCGUGCACUUUUGGUUCAAAUCCUGAAGAGGUACCCGGACUCAAGCCCUCUAACUCUGCCGGCGAUUUGAGCGAGCUUAUACUCCAAGAUGGUCAGUGGAUCAUAUUCUACGGAAGAAACUGCAGGUUUAUGGUCAGUUCGAGAGCUUAUGACAGCAUUCAAGGCACUGGUCCACCAAAAGAGUGUCCCGAUCAAGAUAUUUUUCUUGAUUGACGGCCUCGACGAAUUUGAUGGCGACCACGAAGAAAUAGCGAGACUUUUUCAGAAUAUUUCCAACUUUCAAGACAUCAAAGUGUGUCUAUCCAGCAGACCCUGGGUAGUGUUUGAGCGGAUCUUCGAGAAUUCCCCAAGUCUCCGACUACAUCAUCUGACAUACCUCGAUAUUGAAUGCUAUGUUAAGAGCAAAUUGAUGAGUAAUAACUUCUUCCAGAUACUUGCAGGGCAAGAGCCCAAAGAGACUUCUACUUUAGUUGAAGAAAUUGUGGACAAGGCGGAUGGCGUUUUUCUUUGGGUAAAACUUGUUGUGAUGUCCCUUUUGAAUGGGAUUAGGAACCAGGAUGAAAUAUCUCACCUCUGGACAAGAUUAAGAUUGUUACCGCGAGAACUCGAGCCUCUUUACAAGCGAUUGCUUGAUCUUAUCGAGCCACUCUACUGGCCUUGAGUCUCUAAAGCCUUUCAACUGCUCCGAAAUAAUCUAGAUCUUGGCGAGUUUCCUUUUGGGCCAGCGUCACAUGGUAGCAUUGGUGCGACCGGUAUGACAGUGGCGGGAUUCUACCUGGCCAUGAAAGAGCAAUUUGACAUCGCCACUAUUCUACGUUUGUCGGAGAGUGGGAGACUUGAAAAGGAGCUUGUGAGUGGCUGCAGAGACACAAUAGUGUAUCUCACAGCACGCUGUGCGGGACUGCUUGAGGUUUCCAAUAUCGAUGGUACCGCGGGAACUGACUCGCUUAUUGUCUUUUUCCACCGAACGGUGCGGGACUUUCUCUACACAGAUUUGCGUUGGUCGGAGUUAAAACUGGCAACCGCCCGGACCGACUUCAAUCCCGGUGUGAGCAUGAUGCGAUCAUGUAUUUCCCGAGCUAUUAUACAUUACAGUCUCCGUAACAAACCAGGAGGGGAUGAAAAUGCGACAUUACUCGCCGAGUACAAUCAAAAAAAACAAAUUACCAACUUGCGUUAUGGACAAAAGAACAAAAGGCAUUGCCAGGGAUUUCAUUAUAUAUGCAUUUGACGGAACCAAACACGAGUCAAGUGCUGCAACACAGGUUACAUUAAUUGAUACAUUUGAUAGUAUUUUGCCCUCUACCUGGAUCAACAAGGUGUUUACCUGUCUGAGAGGCUUUCCGAACAAAUUCGAAAGAACCUCUCUUUUUGCUCUCCGGCACUAUAUGAUUUCCAAAACCCAACAAAUUACGACUGAGAGAACCAGAGAAGUGGCCACAAAUGCACUUCGAUAUCUGCUGCCAGAAAAGGAUUGCUAUGUAAAAUCUGGACUUCCCUUGCCCAGUGUUGAAAUGGUUUCUCUCCUGCUGGAAUUAGGUGCGGACCCCAAUGAGAGUGGCCUUUUCCAGAGUCCAUGGAGAAGAACCUUACAGUUUGUAAUGGACGCAGAUGGAGAAGUGAAGCUACCAAGAAGAGACUUGGAUAAAUCUUUUGAUCUUCCCUUCGAGCUUCCAGCUUUCAACUUCGAAAUUCAGACCGCGGGCACAUCUUAUGAUGCAAGGCCACUUCACCUCAGGUAUCUUGAAAUUAUGAAGAUUUUGGUAGAGGCUGGGGCAGAUCCUAGCCUUGUUUUGAAGUCUCACUGCGGUAAGGAAGAACACAGCCCUUUGGAAAUUAUUAAGAACUCAGUGGGGAAGUUAUAUCCUAUAGAGGCCGCACCUUUGAUCGACUUACUUCGAGUGAAACUUUACAAUCAGGAGAUGAAUCGAAGUCGGAAAAGGGAACAAAGUAUGGAAGACGAGUCUGACAAUUGUAAAAUUGUCAAGAGGCAAAUGAAGAAGAGACGUAUCAAGAAAAAGUGA